CAUGUUGUUGUCAUCAGUCACGGUUUGCUUGAUUUUUUCGCUCGUUUCUGCACAAAAUUGCAAAACUCGAGGAGAAUGGUGUGGCGAUACGUAUCAGUGUUGUGGGGGUUGUUGCAUCCGAAACACUUGCAUUGAUACGUACAAAGACUGCAGAAUAAUUGACGAUCCGUGUCUUGAAUUUUAUUGCCCCCCAGAUGAAAUGUGUCAGUUGUACCAACCUCGGUGUCAAGGCUGCGACAUUGAAACCCUAUGUGUACCAGCAGGUUCACCCGACACAGUCAUGUGGAUGAACCCAGAAACGUCCAAGGUCACCUCAACAGCCCCGAAAACACGCUUUUCACACUUUCCCAUUUAUUUGACAAUUUUUUUCCUAAUUAAACAUAUUGUGUGUUAAAACUUAAUUAAAUUCAUUGA